GUCUGCAGGUCUCUUACGCGAGUCGAGCACUGUUGUCCGACUAAUGCCAACCCUGCCAAACCAGGCAAGCUUUACAUGUCUUCGGAUUAAUGCGCCGCUCGGUGGCCACUCCAUAGCCACUCAGUGUGGGCAUGUUACAUCAGCGUUCUUACCAUCGAUAAGGAAGAGACGUGUCACAGGUCACAAAGGGGACACGCUGAGCGAGGGCGAGGCCUUGCAGGUUCUGACAGUCCACGUCACAGCAGCACUACUGCUUCUGCCACUACUUCAAGAGGCCAUCCGCUCCAUAGACUGGCACCUAGCGUGUUACUUGGAUAAUAAUAUACUCAAACAUCUCAUAGUCCCCUUGCACUCAACCAUCACCAGUUGCGUCCAGCUUCGAAACAGAUUUCGUUCUACCCAGUCCCCCAUAACGAUAUACACAAUCAGAUUUCAAGAUGCCGGUCAACACGACUACAUUCACGCUCAACAACGGGGUAAAAAUUCCCGCUCUAGGAUUUGGCACCUUUGCCAACGAGGGUGCCAAGGGAGAAACAUAUAAGGCAGUCCAAUGUGCUUUGAAGGUCGGCUACCGACAUCUGGAUUGCGCGUGGUUCUACCUUAACGAAGCCGAGGUCGGUGAGGCUGUACGGGAUUUCCUCAAAGAAAACCCGUCCGUGAAGCGCGAAGACAUCUUCAUCACAACCAAGGUGUGGAACCACUUGCAUGAACCUGAUGAGGUGAAGUGGUCCCUCGAGAACUCGCUGCGCAAUUUUGGGCUCGACUACAUUGACCUCUUCAUCGUGCACUGGCCAAUCGCUGCUGAACGCAACGACGACUACUCGGUCAAGCUCGGCAGCGAUGGCAAGUACAUCAUCAAGAAGGAGCUCACAGAAAACCCGGAGCCCACAUGGAGGGCCAUGGAAGAGCUGCUUGCCAGCGGCAAGACGCGUUCUAUUGGCGUCUCUAACUGGACGAUACCCGGCCUUAAGAAGCUCUUGGGCUUCGCUAAGGUUAAGCCCCAGGUCAACCAGAUCGAGGUGCACCCGUUCCUUCCAAACAGCGAGCUCAUUGAAUUUUGCCAGGCCAACGACAUUCUCGUCGAGGCCUACUCACCCCUCGGGUCCCAGGACCAGAUCCCUACUACGGGUGAAAAGGUCCGCACGAACAAGACGCUGAACGAGGUUGCCGACCGCAGUGGCCACACAUUGGCGCAGGUCCUGCUCGCGUGGGGAUUGCGCCGCGGCUACGUUGUGCUGCCCAAGAGCUCGACGCCCUCGCGCAUCGAGAGCAACGCGCAGGUCCCGGAGCUGUCGGACGCAGAUUUCGAGGCUGUGCAGGAGGUCGCCAAGGGCCGGCAUACGCGGUUCGUCAACAUGAAGGACGUCUUCGGCUACGACGUAUGGCCCGAGGAACACACAGUGAACGGAGUCUCGGUAUAAGAGUUCUCACCUGAAUGACCUAAUGCUUUGAUUGAUGUUGCGUCACGAUUGAUGGGAAAGAAAAUUGGGAAUAGGAAUGGGACUGGAUUGGAUUGGUACUAGAAAAAGGCGGCAAUAUC